AUGGCAUCGAACAACACGGAGAAGAAGCUGGACAUGUCAUUGGACCAAAUCGUACAGGAACGCAAGAAUGACGUUAUUGCAACUGCCAAUAGCAAUGCAAUGAGCACGUAUGUGGAGGAUGACGUGGCUCUGAAAUUUACAGAAGAAGAUCAAGAUGUCGAGAUGGAGCAGUCAACACCUUUGGGUUGCCGUGUAUACGUGGGCAAUUUGUCCUGGAGCACCAAGUGUCAAGAUCUCCAGGAUCAUAUGCAGACUGCAGGGCCUGUGGCACUUGCUACAGUCCUAGAAUGGAACGGUCGCUCUAAGGGAUGUGGUGUCGUCACGUACGAGACGGAGGAAGCGGCACAAAAUGCUAUUGCCACACUCAAUGACACGGAAUUGGGUGGACGCAAGAUCUUUGUUCGGGAAGACCGAGAGUCACAGUCUUCGUCUGUUGCGAAGCCCAAGAGCGGCUUUCGGGUCUACGUUGGCAAUUUGUCGUGGAACGUCAAGUGGCAGGAUCUCAAGGACCAUAUGAAGAAUGCAGGCACUGUCGUCCAUGCUGAUGUGUUGGAAGAGCCCAAUGGUCGAUCCAAGGGAUGCGGGCUAGUGGAGUAUGCCUCGCAAGAGGAAGCUGCAAAAGCCAUUGCGGAGCUUAAUGGUACCGAGCUGGAAGGCCGAGUCAUUUUUGUCCGCGAGGACAGGGAACCCGAGGGUGGCAGCAUUUCAAAGUUUGCUAAGCGUGCCGCGGCCCCGCGCGGAGUCGGCGAAGGCCGCCAGCUUUACGUUGGAAACCUUCCAUGGGAUACCACUUCGCAGCAGCUAAAAGACCUGUUCCGGACCGUGGGUGAAUUGGAGCGUGCCGACAUUGCAGAGUACCCCGAUGGUCGCUCUCGCGGCUUUGGUAUCAUUCGUUACACGAACGCUGCGGAUGCAUCGCAAGCGAUCGAGCGCCUGAACGGUUUGGAAGUAGAAAGCCGAUUGAUCGAGGUGCGUCUGGACAAGAGAGAGAACUAG